AUGGAUGAGAAUGAAUCUCUUCAACUUUUUCGCCUAAAAGCAUUUACAAGAGAUCAGGCUGCAGAUGAACAGGGCCUUUUGGAGAAGUCUAAAUUAGUCAUUAAUUAUGCAGAAGGCCUUCCUUUGGCUCUCCGUAUUUUGGGUUCCUUUUUUUGUGGAAGACAUGUAGGUGAAUGGGAAAAGGCUCUGGAUAUGUUGAAGGAAGAUCCAAAUAAUCAUGUUUUUAAUAUACUGAAAAUAAGUUAUGCUACAUUAAACCCUGCAGAAAAGGCAAUGUUUCUUGACAUUGCUUGUUUUUUUAAUAUUUGGGGAAAAUAUGAAGUAAUGCAAAUUUUGGAAAGUUGUGGUCUUUAUGCAACAAUUGGUAUCCCGAGUCUUAUCAAAAAAUCUUUGCUCGAUGAAGUUGAGGUAGGCGAUUACAAGUAUAUAAAGAUGCACAAUUUGAUUCAAGAUAUGGUUAGGAGUAUUGUUCGGGAAGAAUCUCCUGGACAAGUUGAAAGGCGCAGCAGAUUGUGGUAUGCCAAGGACAUUGUUCAAGGGACCGAUGCAAUAGAAGGUAUAGUUUUCCCUUGUAGUUAUGACAAUGGCAUAACUGAAUGGAAACCUAACCCUAAUGCCUUUUCAAACAUGAGUCGCCUUCGAAUACUCAUCAUAUCAUGUAAUGUUUCCCUUCCUUUUGGUCUGAAAGACUUACCUUGCAAAUUAAAAGUUCUUGAUUGGUAUGGAUAUCCUCAACAAACACUUUCAUUGGAUGCAAAAUUGGAUGAACUUAUGGAGAAUCUCAAGUUUUUGGACUUCAGCCAUUCCAAACAACUCAUUGAAGCUCGACAUUUGUCCACAUUUCCAAAACUAGAAAGAUUAGUCCUUGAAGGAUGCAAGGAACUUGUUCAAAUUGAUCUUUCUCUUGGCCAGCUCAAAGGCCUUGUUGAAGUCAAUUUUAAAGAUUGCAAAAAUCUCAAAAGCCUUCCAAGAGAAUUGGAAAUGGCAUCUCUGAGAGAAUUUGUUCUUUGUGGCUGCACGAAAGUUAAGAAGCUUCCAAAUUUUGGAGAAUGUAUGGAAAAUCUCGUAGUACUUGAUGUUAAGGAGACAAGCAUAGCCGAACUUCCUGAGUCACUUGGAUCACUAACUAAUCUGGAAACUUUGGAUUUAAGAGGUUGUCAAAAUCUUGUUAACCUACCCCAUAACAUUCAGAAAUUGAAGUGUCUGAAAGUUCUUGAUAUUUUUAGUUGUUCAAAUUUAUCUAAACUUCCAAAAAGCUUGAAUGAAAAUAAAGCCUUGGAAAAGCUUGAUGCAAGUGGAACAACUAUCACAGAAGUACCUUCUUCUGUUGGUUCCUUAGAAAAACUCAAGAAACUGUCACUUCAUCCUAAUAAGGGCUUAAAAUUGCCUACAUCAAUCUUCAGCGUUAAGUCACUAGUAGAAUUAGAUCUAAGCCAGUGCAAUAUUGAAGAUGGAAUCCUUCCAAGUGACCUCAGUGGCUUGUCAUCAUUGUGGAAAUUAGAUCUAAGUGGAAACAACUUCACGAAUCUACCUAUUGAUUGCAUUUCUAAGCUCUUGAACCUACGAUUUCUAAUUUGA